UUUAAAAAGACAGUGAAGCCAAAGAUGAGAAAAGUUUCAGAUUAGAUCUGUUUUACGUCAGCGGUGCAUCUGCAUUGCUUUUACACUCUAGGAAUGACAAGAUGGCAAGUGAAUCCUUUCUGCUGUCAGUGACCACUGGCACAGUGUCCUGGAUUAAUCAGUCUACACAACUACAUAAGAAAGCCUAUUAUAGAUUUGUCACGCACCAGUAUACACUCAAUGAUAUUAUAUGUUGGAUUGUUAUUCUAUGUGUGCAGGCGAGUGGAAGAUGUAAGAGGAAGUCUAUGCAUGCACAGUAUUGCAAAUGAGAGUUUAUCAUUCCAAUCAAAUGAACAUUUAGCAGAAAGGAGGGUGACACAUGGAAGGGAGAGAGAAGAGAGGUUUGAGAUAUGAGGUAGGUGGAGAAAGGAAGAGGGAGGUGGAGCAAAAGAGAGGAGAACGAGAGAGAAAGAGGGGAGGACACAGUCGCUUCUGAAGCACUGAAAGGACACAGACACACUGAAGCUCUCUACAAUCACACUUUCUUCACCAUGACAACCAUGCCAAUCACUGCACUGGACUGACGGCUGUCAAUCAACAGGACUAGAUUAUCAGGAUCACCCGCCACAAGAAAGAUUACAUCCUAAAGCGGAAUAAUUCCAAACUUUCAAAGACGUCCUUAUCCAUAGGGAAAAUUGGCAAUUUUUGAUCUUUCAAGUUCCAGGAGGAAAGGAGAGAUUUUGAGCUGCACGUCUGAAUGCUUGCACUUGUGUAUGCUUUAGGGGGAGCGUGUGCAAGGUUGACUUGCUCUGUAUCAGGGUCACGGACUUGCUGGCUUAAUAAGCUUCAGUAGAACCUGUGCCAGGGUUAAGUUAGUGUUUAUUUAGACCUCCUGUCUAUAAAGAUCAUGAGUGAGGGCAAGAAAGAGUUAGAGAUGAGAGACAAAGCCAUCAUGCACCAACAGAGGAGGCUGAAACAGGCCACCCAGUUCAGCCACAAGGACUCUGCGGAUCUUCUGCCACUGGAUGGGCUGAAGAGGAUGGGAACCUCCAAAGACCUGCAGCCCCAUAGCAUCGUACAGCGACGCCUCCUGGAGGGCAACAUUCCACGUCUGCGUGGAGAAGCCCGAGACGCCCCCACUCAUGUUCGCUCACCUCUGGCAGACAGCAAAGAGGGCGGAGAGCCAGAGGAGAGGAGUGAGAGUACGGUUGAUGACUCCACAGAGGAGAGGGAGUCUCCAGAGGAGAGCGAAAAGAGCUUCAGGUCUGAUGAGGAUGAGGACGAUGAAGAUGGGGACAGCAGUGAUGCUGGAGGAAAGACAGAGCCCAAACAGAAGGGAGGAAGAGAUCAAACGGAAGUGGAGAGGAAGAAAGGCCUUAAAGAGGGCGGGAAGGCAUCCACCCUCUCAGCUAUCAUGGUCCAGUGUAAGAAAGACAGCAAUAGGGGUUUGAACAGCAUAAGGUGCGGAGAUGCAGAGGUGAUGUUAUCCAUAAAUACAGGGUGCCAACACAACCACAUCUCCAAAACAUGCUGCAGAAGACUGGGACUGAAAACUACCGAAGACGACAAGUCCAGUGGGAAGCUGCCUGUCAGUGAUUCCACAAUGAAGACAGUGCAGUCCCUGCACCUGCAGCUGGGCAGAGAUAGAGUGCAGUGCACUGCCCAGAGGACGACACGUUUGAGGUGUGUCUGGGCCUACAGACUUUGCUGGAACUCAAAUGCUGUGUGGAUCUCAACUCCAGAGUGCUCCGUCUUCACAGCACAAAGGAAGAGCUUCCCUUCCUGGAUCCACCAUUUUGCAGCCAGUGCCAUCACCAUGACAACAACAAAAACAUGUGACCUCAGACCUCUGUGCCCAACAACUGCCAUGACCGUACCCAUGUAACCAGAGAGGAAGUUCAUGGAAGGAAGAGCCUGUGCCUGGACUGUAGUUUACCCUCGUGCCAGAUCAACAUAGACAGGCCUCUACUUUCCUUCCCUCUCAUCUUUGCUUCUUUAAUCUUCAUUGUUUGUUUCUAAUGCUAUUUACACAAAUCUGCCAACUAUGAUUUUGUUUCCCUGCUGUGCUAAAUUAGUUUUGAUUAAGUGUAAUAAUGCUCAUGAGGAGGAAGAUUGUGUUCUGGCAUAUUUAAUUGCCUUCAUCAAAAUUAAAAAACAAGGGUACAGUUAAUCAGUGAGGAAUUGAGUUAAUGUUUGAAAUUUGAUAAUAUUCUCUAACUGGUGAUUUGAAUUACAAAACAUUACUUCACAUGAGAACUGAAGAUUUGAACAGAAUUGCUUUGUUUGCCAAGGCUGCAAACUUAAAAGAUCAAGUGAGCUUCUAAACAAUAACAGAACUUCAAUUUUAAACAUUUAAAUGUGUCGAAACAAUCAAACGUUUGAGGAAAAUUCUUUCUCAAAACUGCAAAUUUAGCUGGACUCCACAACUGCCUUUCACUUAACAAAGACUGUGUUUUCUGCCCUCAUUUCCCUUUAGAGUGGUGAAUCAGCCAGUCCAAUCAAAUGUUAAUUGAGCCCCUGGGUUUGACUCACUGUUUCUGUUCUGAAGGACCCAUAAACCAACCAAAACAUUCCAUCUGCAUGAUUUUAUAGACUUUCCCCUUUGUAUUUUCCUGUGUUUUGCAUAAAUCUGUAUGAGAGUGUGUGUAGGAUGAGCUGAAAUGCUUCUCUGUUGUUCACCUGCAUGUGAUUGCUAUUAGAAAGACUGAAUAGAUAAACAAUCAGUUCCUCCUCUUCAAGAGCAAUUCUGCAGAGCAAAUUUUUCUUAAUCAGCAUGUCUUCUUAUAUCAAGUAAAGCCAAAUAAAUUGAAUUAGAACUAAAAUGGCAGAAGAUAUUAAAGUGACCGUUUCCCAAAAAUGAGAAUUAUGUUAUUAUUGACUCACCCUCAUGUUGUUUCAAACCUGUGUAUCUUUAUUUUUUCUGAGGAACUCAAAAGGAGAUGUUAGACAGAAGGUUUGGGUCUGACAUCCUCAGUCACCAUUCACUUUCAUUGUAUGGAAAAAAAUGAGAGCUGUCAUUAGAUUCAUUUUUUUAAUUGCAAUUAAUAUCAGAUUUUAAAAGUGCUGAAAUUUGACUCAAUAUAUACUUAUUUCCUGUCUAAAUGCAUUUAUUUAUUUGUAAAGAACAACACAGUAGAACAAAGCAAUAUGUAACAAUAAUGCUUUAUUAACAUUUUCCUAACUCCGCAGUGCAAAGACAGAAAUUCACUAAAAUAGCUCCAACUCAAGUAACAUUAAACAUUUACCAAAGUCUAAGUGGGAUGAUGACUGCUACUACUACUACUAUUCAUUGCAAUACACAUUAAUUUUCUUAAACCCUCAUCCUCCACAAUAUUAUCAGACUGUCUUUUCACUUUGAAUAUGGAAUGCACAUGAUUUGUUUCAGGGCAGCAAGUGUCGCGUUGAAAUCCAUAUGUUCUGAACUCUUGUUCUGCUUUUAGUGUUGGCACUGCCAAUGAAAAUAUAAUUCAUCCGUAUUGUCUAGUAAUCAUCAGCUGAUGCGUCAGAAGCUCAGCAGUAAUGGGUACAAAGUUGAAAUGAUUUUGUAUUUGAGUGGUGUGUCAACAAACCCUCCACGGGAGAACAAGCUGCACAGCAGGCUUGUAAGAAUUGACAUGCUUAUGUGGUAAAAUGCUGACUUACAAAAGAUGCAAACUUAAUUUUUGUUACAAGUCCCAUCAGUGUUUGUUUUAUAAGAGGUCCUUCUCCUGUCCCUGCUGGACAAAUCGCAAGGGUUCCGCCCUCUAACCAGUGUUCAGAACUCACAGAGUUGAAUGUCAGAAUCUAAUGUCAAAUCGGUACAUGCCUUAAUCGUGAUUAAGAAAAAAUGUACACGUUAAACAUUUUAAAUAAAUCACGUGUUAAUGGGUUAACGCUGACAGCACUAUAAAAAAAAAAAAGCAAUGAAAGAGAAGCAAUGAGGCUGUCAGUCCCUAACAUUCUCCUUUUGUAUUGCAUGGAAGAAAGCAAGUCAGCUGGUUAUUGGAAAUUGUAUUUAAUUUCUUGUUUGAAGCAUAAAAUCAACAAGGGAACAAGAAAAACAGCAUUUAAGAUAAUUGCACAAUUCUCAAGUGAAUUUACCUUGUUUUAAGGAUGUUUUUAGAUGUUUUUACUGGAAAACAAGACAAAAAUACUGAUUAAGAAAAUCAUUCUUAGCAGCGUAGACUUCCAGGUGCAAACCAUGUUCUUUUUCUACUCUUGGAUUGAAUUUGACUUUAUAACCGGAGGCUUUUCUCCACCACCCAUGCCUUGCUCAUUGGUUUUCUUUUUUUUUUUUUCUUCAGUCACAAGCACAACUAUGACAGUCUUUAUACAUCCAAGAAAAGCACUUGUCUCAGCUCCCAUUGAAAUAUUAUGUCAACCAAUGACCAAAAGGGUGUCUAUGACCCUGGGAAUAAUUAAACACUCAAUCAUCCUAAUCAUCUAGCCUGUUAGCGUUAUGGAUGACCUUUAAGCGGAUCAUAUCCAUAUACUUUCCCAUUAUUUGUUCUCCUCUGAUGCACCGUAUUUCUUUCUGCGCUUUGUGAGGGCCAAUUGUACGAAAAGAGUUUAUUUUUGGUGUUUUUUUUUGUUAUGUUUUGUUUUUCCUUUUCUCUGAACAAGUAUUUUCUCUGCCUAAAUAAAAUAAUGAUGUAUUCUGGCUA